UAUAGAUGAAAUUUGUCACGCGGAACUUAGGUGAACAUACACGUACGUGACAGAUUUUGCACAUAUUCUAAUGACAUAUUGAUAAAUAGAUAGAUUAGAAACAAAUAUAAAAAAAUUGUAAAUAAAUAUAGUAUUAAAAAAAUAUGAAAAAAUAUUACUAUUUAACCCAAAUAAAAAGAGAGGAAAUGCAAAUUAAGGGGCUGCCUUGCUCCUUCCACCACUUUCACGAGGCAAUUGAAAAAGAGGGUCCCAGCACACAACCAAGUUGAGAUAAAGUGGAAUUAUGGAGCAUACCGACAAGAAGCUAGUUGAUGAGGUGUCCGGUUGGCUAAGAGCCUACGACGAUGGCUCAGUCGACCGGACGUUCACAUGUCCACCUGAGGUAAAGUUCAUGGCGGAAGCAAUGCCACCUCAUGAAGAAUUCAUUGAAGGUGUAGCCACUCGUGAUGUGACUAUUGAUUCCAAUUCAGGUCUUAGAGUUCGAAUCUAUUUGCCGGAGCAAAUUCCCACUGCCAAAACUAAGUUGCCUAUCAUGCUUCAUUUCCAUGGGGGAGGUUUUUGCAUCAGCCAAGCUGAUUGGUAUAUGUACUAUCACAUUUACAAUAGGCUAGCACGAUCUCUUCCGGCCAUUUGUGUGUCGGUUUACUCCAGGCUUGCACCAGAGAACAGGAUUCCAGCUGCCUGUGAUGAUGGCUACGCUGCUCUCCUCUGGCUCAGGUCGUCGGCCAAAAGUGAGUCGCAUGAGUCCUGGCUUAAUGAUCAUGCAGAUUUCAACAACGUUUUUCUCAUUGGGGAUAGCACGGGAGGGAACAUAGUGCAUCAAUUGGCCGCUCGAGCGGGGAACUUGGAUUUGAGCCCAUUAAGACUAGCGGGCCGGAUCCUAAUCCACCCAGGUUUUGUUAGGGCGGCGCGGAGCAAGUCGGAGUUGGAGCAACCCGAAUCACCUUUCUUAACCUUAGACAUGGUGGACAAGUUUUUGGUCAUGGCUUUGCCUUUUGGAAGCAGCAAGAACCAUCCGAUCACUUGCCCGAUGGGGCCUGUAGCCCCGCCGAUGGUGGGUCCAAAUUUGCCACCAUUUUUGUUGUGUGUGGCUGAGACGGAGUUUAUGAAGGACACAGAGAUGGAAUGCUAUGAGUCCAUGAAAAAGGCUAAGAAAGAAGUGGAGUUGUUGAUUAGCCCUGAAAUGGGUCACAGUUUUUACCUCAACAAGAUUGCUGUGGACAUGGAUCCAAACGCUACCCAAACUGCUAGCCUUUUUGCAGGGAUCAAAGAGUUUGUCGACAAGCACUAAAUUUGUCAACUGUUUCCCCCUGUUACAAUCAUUUAGUUACUUUAUG